AUGAGCAGAAUCACCAUGGAGAACAGCAAGCCAGUGAAGGAGGUGUCCCCCCUGCCUCGCCACCCGGCCCCGCUUCCUGUGACCUCUUCUUCUCUGACCCCUGCUGUCACUUCAAAACACCACGCCACAGGCUCCAUCCAGCAUGUGCAGGUGGCGUCAUCAGUGGUGACAUCAUUCAAUCAUCUGAGGCCUCCAGAGAGGGACCUCACGCUGUUGUCUCAGAUGAAGUCUGUUAAGUCUCUGAGGCAUGCCGGCUUCACUGCAGUCUUCACUGGACAAACGAAGCUUGACAGCAGGGAGGUGCCGGAGGAGUUACCAAUUGUUGACAUUAUCAUGGCUGACAUCGAUUCCCUGGUGCCGACGCACGAUGAAACCGGCCGCCCCAUAGCAGAGUGGAAACGACAGGUGAUGGUGCGGCAGCUGCAGGUCAGGCUGCAGGAUGAUGAGGAACAGAGGAGACAGGACAUGGCUAAUGGCUACAUGCCAGUGGAUGGCUGGAAGUACUCCCAAGCCCACAACGCAGUCUUGGGGCCUUUUGGUGAACUCUUAACGGAGGAUGACCUGGUGUACCUGCAGCAGCAGAUUGAGUCUGUUUCACAGCAGAAACGCUGCCAGGCAUAUGAGCUGGAGCUGACCAGGCUAACUGAGGAACUGAGGGCAAUUUUACCUGAUCCUAUUGUCAACAUUUCCCUCAACAAAGAGGUCCUACAGCAGAUGGAUUCUGAGGGUAAAAUGCACAUGACUUUGCCAAUCUGGUGCAGCCGUGUCUCAGAGAUUGUCAAGAGAUUGUCUCUCCUGGUGGCUAAUCUGACUCAAACCACAGAAAAAGAUGGUGAGAUGGGGUUAGUGGAGGGCAUGAUGGAAGGGAUGAAGGGCUUACAGAAGAUAAAAGGUAGCUCAGGCAUUGAUUUGGGACAGGGAUUAGUGCAACCAGGUCUCAAGUCAGAGGAAGAGCAUGUGGAGACCUCCAGUGUAUGUAGGAUACCCCACAUAGGGAUGGCGUCUGCUUUUAGCCAUCAUUUGGAGAGCAACAGCUACAGCAGAGCACGGAGGGAGAAGGUGGAGAGGGAGAUCCAGCAGUCUGGAGUGUCAGUUAGAAACCUCAGAUCUAACUUUGAGGGUCAGAUUGGUGGCAUUUAUCCCUUUGCUGGGGUUGUAAAAGAAGGACAGGGGUUGACAAACCAGGGAGUGGAUGGAGCUUCAAGCAGAAACAACCUCAAUGUCAACACAAGCUUCAAAUGUGAGGUCGGCCAACGUGACACUCCUAAGAAAUCUGUCCCUGUAAUGGAAACAAGCAGCUUAAGAAAAGAGCGAAUAGUGGUGCUGUUUCUGAGCCACUGGAAAAAAUCUGCAUAUGCUAUUUCAGUGAGAGCAGCAGGGCAGAGACAGGCUGCAGUGUCAGAAAGAGUGACAGCAGCACAGCCCCAACAGAAAAUCCUCUCCAUGUUUCAGUUCUGCAAACAACGAGGUGCUGUGGACAAAAUGCUGAACUCCUGGAGGAAUAAACUAGAGCUUAGAGAAGCUCCACAGUCCCGUUUAUCCUCCUCUAAUGUCUCACAAAAUCCACCCCUUCGUGUAACCUACUCUCCAGAGCAAUUCCUUCCAGAUGUGGAUGGUGUUGCAGUGAGCCACGACAGCUUGACCCUUGACCAGUUUAUGCUAGGUUACUUCCACAUCUUAGAACAGGAUCUGCCAGCUGAGGAGAGGAAAAUGAGGCACCUCCUCUGCUUUGAAGUCUUUGACCACGUUGGCGGUUUCCCUUGGGAGAAGGUGCUGGGCUUCCACAAAGCUGUCCUCCAGGAGAUCCAGGCUGGCAGGCGACAGUGGUACGAUGGCUUUGAGGACAUCAAAUGUGACUUCUUUGGUGAAUCAAAGUCAUGCCGCUGUCCACCACCAUCAUCAUCCUUCACAUCAUCAUUGCUGCCAGAUUCCAGAUUAGUACCAAAGGUUAUAGUUCAAAGUGCUUCCCCAGACGAGUGCUGCAAUGACACAGACUUCUCCUGCUUCCACAACGAAGACAUUUGUAAAUAUAUCGACCGCAGUUUUGCUUUCUGGAAAGAGAAGGAGGCAGAGCUUUUUGCUUUUGAGCCUUCUGGUUAA